CACCUCCAGUCCUGAGGAUGAUCGGGUUCAGGUUGACAAGGGAGCGUUUCAUGUGCAGCCGAUUUACUAACAUAAAUUAGAAAUAAAACACAGUGGAUGCGAAAAAUAUGAAACAGAAAAUGUACGAAUAGGGGCUAUUUAGCCCAUUGUGUUUCUACAUACUUAAAGACUCCCCCCCCACCCUAAUCUCUAGCCAUGUUGGACUAUAACCUAGUGUCGUGUGAUUUCUGACCUUCUCCAGCCGUUGUCUUCACAAUCUUCCUAAAAUGUAGUACCCAGAAUUGGAAGCAAUACUCUAGAUGCUGCUGAACACUGUUACAUGCAGGUUUGACAUAACUAGCUUGCUUAAUUCUACUCCAUGCCCCUAUUGAUAAAACCCAGGAUGCCAAAUCCUUUAUAAACCACACUCUCUCAAGCUAUUCUGACUGCAAUGAAGAUUUCUGCACAUAUACACAAGGCAAUCCGUUCAUAGAUGGAAUCAAGCUACUGCAUCUUGACUUCCUCCAGUGCUAAUAUAUCUUCCCCUAGAUAAGAGUACGAAAACCUUUCACAAUAUUCCAGCAAUAUCAAAAUGUCGGAUAAAAGUGAUUUAAAAGCCGAACUGGAGCGUAAAAAACAAAGACUGGCUCAGAUACGAGAAGAGAAAAAAAGAAAAGAAGAAGAAAGAAAGAAGAAAGAGGCUGAAAUGCAACAGAAGAAAGAGCCACCUCCUGAGGACUCUGACCUGGAUCGCAAGCGAAGAGAGACCGAAGCAUUGCUACAGAGCAUUGGCAUAGCCCCAGAACCAGCAUUAGUGCAACCACUGCAAUUAGUAACAUGGGAUGCCUCUUAUUUUCAUUAUUUAGUCCCAACCCCUAUGUCUCCCUCCUCGAAAUCAGUGAGCACGCCCAGUGAAGCUGGUAGCCAGGACUCAGUUGAUGGUGGACACAGUGGAAGAGCAUUGCAGUGGGAUACUGAUCCUUCUGUGCUCCAGCUGCAGUCUGACUCUGACCUCAGCCGCCGCAUGCCGAAACUUGUGAUUUCAAAAAUUACUCAAGUUGAUUUUUUACCUCGAGAAGUGGUGUCAUACUCCAAAGAAACCCAAACGCCCAUUGCUCAACAGCCAGAAGAAGAUGAAGAAGACGAGAUUCCUGAACUGAAUCUAGGAGCUGAAUCUGAGGUGGAAAACCAAGAUCAGAAAACUGAAACUAAAGAAGCUGCUCCUAGAGAACUCACUGAAGAGGAGAAGCAGCAAAUUCUUCAUUCAGAGGAAUUUUUGAUUUUCUUCGACCAUAACAUUCGAAUCAUUGAACGUGCUCUUGCUGAAGAUUCUAGCCUCUUCUUUGAUUAUGGUGGCAAGGAGUUGGAUGAAAAAGAAGGAGACUUCCAAGCUGGGCUAAACCUUGCUUUCAACCGUCAGUUUUAUGAUGAGCACUGGUCGAAACACAGAGUUGUAACCUGUUUGGAUUGGUCACUUCAGUAUCCCGAAUUGAUGGUUGCUUCCUAUAACAACAAUGAAGAUGCCCCACAUGAGCCAGAUGGAGUAGCUUUGGUUUGGAACAUGAAAUUUAAAAAGAACACACCCGAAUAUAUUUUCCAUUGUCAGUCUCCUGUAAUGUCGGUCUGCUUUGCCCGAUUCCACCCAAAUUUAGUAGUUGGUGGUACGUACUCUGGACAAAUUGUUCUUUGGGAUAACCGCAGCCACCGACGAACUCCAGUUCAACGUACACCUCUUUCUGCUGCAGCUCACACACAUCCUGUGUACUGUGUAAAUGUUGUUGGAACGCAAAAUGCUCACAAUCUAAUCACAGUUUCCACAGAUGGAAAGAUGUGUUCCUGGAGCCUAGAUAUGCUGACUCAACCACAGGAGAAUAUGGAGCUGGUUUACAAUAAGUCAAAGCCUGUGGCUGUCACUAGCAUGGCUUUCCCAACGGGAGAUGUCAAUAAUUUUGUUGUAGGAAGUGAGGAGGGUAUGAUUUAUACUGCAUGUCGGCAUGGCAGUAAGGCUGGUAUUGGUGAAAUGUUUGAGGGUCAUCAGGGUCCAGUGACUGGUAUCAACUGCCAUAUGGCCGUGGGACAGAUUGACUUCUCACAUCUGUUUGUCACCUCUUCAUUUGAUUGGACUGUCAAAUUGUGGACAACAAAGCACAACAAGCCUCUCUACUCCUUUGAAGACAAUGCAGACUAUGUCUACGACGUCAUGUGGUCACCAGUGCAUCCUGCACUAUUUGCCUGUGUGGAUGGAAUGGGACGAUUAGACCUCUGGAACCUCAAUAAUGACACAGAGGUGCCAACAGCAAGUGCAGCUGUUGAGGGAACAUCUGCACUUAAUCGUGUCAGAUGGGCAUCAACUGGUAGGGAGGUGGCAGUAGGAGAUUCAGAAGGGCACAUAUGGGUUUAUGAUGUCAGUGAGCAAUUGGCAAUCCCUCAUGGUGAUGAGUGGGCACGUUUUGCUAGGACCCUGGUGGAGAUCCGGGCUAACCGGGCAGAUGCAGAAGAGGAAAGUGUUGCUGAAUUGACUGUACAGCUGUAGGACAUUAUCUGUACCUGCUUUGCCAGUGCAAUUAUGCUAUAUGAAGAUAUACCAGUUGAAAGUGCCACAUAUGACCAAAAGCUGCUAUUGUAGUUUUACUGUUUCUCAUUUCUAGAUGUUUAUCAAUAUGUAAAGUGCUUAAAAAAUACAGCGUUAUGAAAAUUAUUGCUCAAUUCUGUAAUGUUUAAAAUGUUGUAAUUGCAUUACAGCUAUUGAUUAUUAGUUAGUAGAUGUAUUGAAUAAGUAGAAGCCCAUAGUUCUACCUGUAUUUGUAAGCAUGUAUAGCAUAGGUCUAUUAAAUCCAUGAUGCUAAAUAUGUGCAGGUGUGGAAAGCUACACUACAAAACUGAGCCAACAAUUUCAAACUGGCAUUUUCCCACUGGUAAUGCACCAUUGUGAAUGGUUGUACUUUCAACGUUGCUGAUCCAUAUUUAUUAAAUAUUGCAUGGAAAAUACUAGGAAAAGAUUAAAAUAAACUAUCCUGGAACAAC